GUCCAUGUCUUAAAAAAUGGCGAAUGAUAAAUUUUUGUUCAUUGAUUAAAAGCAGUUCUAUAGUGAAAUUUAUUUUAUUUAGUAUUUACUGGUGUAACUGUGAAAUAUUUAUUAAGGAUGGCCGAUACUAUAGUAGAGCCUAGACGGAAUAUUCGUUUCUUCUGCCACAGGUGUCUCGUAGAAUUUCAAGGUGUUCUGCAGGAAUACAUAUGUCCCUUUUGCGAGGGUGGCUUUAUAGAGCAGUUGGAGGGGGAAGCAGAAGGGAUAGCAUUGUCUGGAGGAGAUGACUACAGUGAUGCAGACAUGAGUAAUAUAGAAGACAUGAGCAACAUAGAUGAAAUGAGCAAUAUGGAUGAUUCAAAUGAUAGCACUCCACCGAUGUUGAAUGAUUUAGCUUUUUUGAUGUCUGGGGGUCGAAUACGUGGUACAGGAACUGGAACUGGUUCAACCAACAGUUCAGCUUCUGGUACAGGCAACACUGGUAACGGCACAAACCCGAGGCGACCGACUGUUAUGGACGAAUUGCUCUGGAUGGUUAGCGGCGGACGGCCACCAGCGGGGGCUAUGACAGCUGGAGCACCGUUUGUAUUAGUUGGAACACCAGGCGAUUACGUGUUUGGGGGUGAAGGUCUGGAUGCAGUAGUGACGCAACUGCUAGGUCAAUUAGAACAUUCGGGGCCACCUCCCUUGCCACGUGAUCAUCUCGCAGCGAUACCUACUGAACAAGUCACAGAAGAACAAGCAGCUGCUAAUACAGCAUGUUCAGUGUGCUGGGAGAACUUUCAGCUAGGUGAGACAACGUCUCGGCUGGAGUGCGAGCAUGUAUUCCACCAGUCAUGCAUCACACCAUGGCUGCAGCUACACGCUACUUGUCCCAUCUGCCGGAGAUCGUUAUUACCACAACCAGACCCGAAUGCGCCCCCAGCGCCUGAGAACCCUAGUAAUCCUGCUCCUAACCCUAACACCACAGCGAAUGCAAUGCCAAAUACAAACACCAUUACCGAGGCUCAGAUACGAUUAGCUCCUAGAGUAGUAAUUCGUCGUGCAACAGGACCACUCUCUGUUAUUAGGCGGUUUCCAUCACAAACACAUACUUGGGAUUCUCUCAAUACUAGCACGUCAGGGUCAUCGCCUGCAUCCUCAGUGACCACUGGAGGCAUCUGGGCCCCACAGACGAGAUCCACAAAUUCCGCUGCUUCUAAUAACUCAACGUCGUCUCUUAAUUCAAACGACAGAGACAUGCAAUACAAUACAGAUAUAGAUUACGACUAAAACUCCAAUGGACACUCGAUAGUUCAGUGCUGGAGUGUAACUGGUGUCAUGAGCUCAGUUAGUGAGACUUUAAAGGUGACAGUGAUAUACUCCUUCAUAUAGAGACGGCCAUUGCAUUAGUUAUUAAAAGUGUAUUUGUUGUUUUAAAUAUACACAGUAUGGGAGU